GGGAACUUUUGUGAGAGAGAAAAGAAUGAUAACUCUUCAGCUCGUCCCUCCAUUGCCUUCCGUGCAAAACCCUAAUUUAACCUUUACCAAUUGCUUCACACCCACCAAAAACCUUUGCUUUAACACCCUCAAUUUCAAUUCUUUUUCAAAAAUACAUCUAUUCAACAACACCCAUUGCAAAGCUCACUUCAAGAACCCCAAAUUUCUUGGUUUUAAGUACUUCAACUGUAAAGGAAGUAGGUUUCAGAGGCUAAACUGUAAAGGGCUUAGAGACUCCAAUGAAGAAACCAAGACGAUUUUGGACUUAGAUAGUGGUGGAGGCGGUGGUGAUGGUGGCGGGGAUGGUGGUGGAGAUGAUGGGAAGGUGGAGAAGAGUGAUGGGGUUUCUGGGUUUUUGCCAGACUGGUUGAAUUUCACUUCUGAUGAUGCGAAGACGGUUUUUGCAGCGUUGGCGAUUUCGUUUGCUUUUCGGUCCUUUGUGGCUGAGCCUAGAUAUAUUCCUUCGUUGUCUAUGUAUCCUACAUUUGAUGUUGGAGAUAGAGUUGUUGCGGAAAAGGUUAGUUACUAUUUUAGAAGGCCAUGUCCAAAUGAUAUUGUGAUUUUUAAAAGCCCGCCAGUGCUUCAGGAAGUAGGAUACACAGAUGAUGAUGUCUUCAUCAAACGAGUUGUGGCAAAGGGAGGUGAUAUUGUGGAGGUUCAUGAAGGGAAGUUAAUUGUGAAUGGGGUUGUCAGAAAUGAAGACUUUAUUCUUGAAGCACCUAACUAUGAAAUGACACCGAUUGUAUGCUCUCUCUCUCUCUCUACUUUGUAUUUUCUUGUUUGUGGGGGAUUUGUUUUUUUUUGGGUUUUUUUUAGGGAGGGUGGGAGUAUGGGCAGACUGAUGCAAGGGUGGUGUACACUUACUAAAAAGUUAUCACAUUACCAGUGCUCGAGGGUUCAAACCUACACCAUUUGGCAUGGAACACAAGCUCCAGCUGGGAGAGACUUGACAGUAUCUUUUAUUGUCGAACUGUAAAUUGCAAAACAAUGUUAAUCUGCUGCUGUUUUAUUUUGUGGUGGUGCAGCGUGUGCCAGAGAACUCGGUGUUUGUGAUGGGUGAUAAUCGUAAUAAUAGCUAUGAUUCACAUGUCUGGGGUCCCCUGCCUGCAAAGAAUAUAAUUGGGCGAUCGGUAUUGCGAUAUUGGCCUCCAAGCAGGAUUGGUGGUACAGUUCUUGCGGAAGGCUGUGCUAUUGACAAGCAAGAGAGCAGUUCAACAUCUCAAUUGAAACCCGUGCAAACAGUUCCUUCUAAAAUUGAAGCUGCUAGGGGUUCCUGAUGCUGUAGUUUUCUGUGUUUUUGUUUUUUUUUUUCUUUUAAACCUCACAUUGUCAGACCUCACAUUAUUUACUCCAUAAUGUUCGUUGGAGACGGAGGAAGAGAAAUGUCUGUGUAGACAAUGUAAUCUCUUGAGGCCCCUUUGGUGAUAUAAAUUAUUUUUGACAGUUGCGUUCAUUUCACCUUCUCUAAAAAGAAGUGUAGUCCUACAUUAUGAAUCA